GAGCAACCAGGAAAUUCCUCAAGAGCGCCCAUGGUUGCUAGGUAACAUGGGUUUGGUCAGCAAAUGAACAGUGUAUAUAUAAUAAGAGAGCUUUCAUGCAACAUGCACAGCUACAUACUCAAGACCUACGAGAUCCUUACAGAGAGGAGCAUCUACUGCAGCAGAUAUGGGUGGUCUCCUGAGCAGCCUCUACCAAACCCUAAUGAACUUCUCUGGAACCAAGGCUCGGAUCCUGCUAUUGGGUCUUGAUGCAGCUGGAAAGACAACUUUACUUUAUAAACUAAAGCUCAAUGAGACGGUCUGUACAAUUCCUACUAUCGGAUUCAAUGUAGAAACCGUGGAACCCAUCCCUAAUGUCACCUUCACCGUCUGGGAUGUGGGAGGUCAGGACAAGAUCAGAGUCCUGUGGAAGCAUUACUUUAUGAAUACAGAUGGGCUUGUUUUUGUGGUGGACAGUGCCGACCCAGAGAGAUUUGAGGAGGCAAGGGCAGAGCUCGACGCCAUCCUGGAAAACGAUGAAAUGAGAAGAGUCCCCUUCGUGGUAAUGGCUAACAAGCAAGACUUACCAGGUGCCAGGAACCCCAUGGACCUGGCAGACACAUUGGGACUGAUGAAAAUUAAAGGACACCAGUGGCAUGUCCAGGGCUGUUGUGCCGCCACUGGAGAUGGACUUGUGGAGGGACUGGAGGUACUCACCAAUUUGGUAAAACAAUUUCAAAAGAACAAACAGUUCUGAAUGAAGAACAUAUCUAGAAUGACUAGACUUGGCGCCACGUUUAUUUGGACAAAUGUCCUGUGGGCAACACCAGUUCCAAUGGCCUACUCUCAAGCCAUGAAAAAUUAGGGGAACAUAUACCCCUAAAACAUUACAUUGUGUGUGGAUAAUUGUCCACCUAGUGGUGCUCUUAUAGCAAAGCUGAAUCUGGAGACUCAGUGUGGACAAUGAGAACUGAAUACAUGGGACUGGAUGGGAAGAUUUGAUUAAUUUUAUAUUUCUCCAUAGUAACUUACUAAUUGCAAUACCUCACCCUUCUAAAAAAAAGUCUUGUGAGUCAUACAUAUUGUUUAUACUGAGUAUAAAGAUGUAAUCAUAUUUUUCACAGUUUACAGUUUUAUUGUGCAUAUAUACUGCUUGUAAUUUAUUCUUGCUAAUAAAUGUUAGU